AUGCAAGACAUUCGAGUCUCCCUUCUUCGAAACCAGAUUCGUUGCGAUAUCCUAUUUAUAUCUUAUCCUGAAACUUCUAUCUCUAAUAAAUUAAAAACUAAUAAAGCUAUCACACAAUAUCAUCAAGAGCACGAUUUCAUUCACUCGUAUAUUUUCUUCAUCGUUCAUUAUCCUGAUUUAAAAAUGAUAUGCGAUUUGACGCUCUUACAUCCAGUAGCAAUAGAAUUAACAUCACUGUGA